UAACGUGGAAAUGGUGAACCCGCGUCGAUUCAGCGGAGUCAAAGCCCAAAAUAACUGCUAUGAUGCUAGAGUGAAAGAACAUGUUUGUGUAAUCAGAUGGUUUUAGGCAGUUUUGGCAAUGGCAGGUUCACAGGCAUCAGGUCUUUGUUGCUGUUGCUGCUACUUUCUCAAUUCCCCCUUCAUUACUGUUUUUGCUGCAAUUCCCCUGACAAUGUUGGAGCCAAGAGAGGUACCAGAGAAAGAGGGAGUAGGAGGUUGAAGCCAGAGCUUUGAAUACACUGAAAGGAGGAAGUGAAGAGUUAGAUGUUGAAGGAUCCAGACUUCAUACAGGAAGAAGACACAACGAACACAACCGCUACGCACAACACAGAAAAACCUUCCAUGACAGAAACUGUGAGAGAAAUAACGGCGGGAUGACAAAAUACGCAAGACAAGGGGAGUCCAGGAAGUUUGACCCAAACUUCAAAGGACCUAUUCACAACAGGGGCUGCACAGAUAUCCUCUGCUGUAUUCUCUUCAUCGUAGCCUUGUUGGGUUACUUUGCUGUGGGUAUCCUCGCCUGGUCUCAGGGUGACCCCAGGAAAGUGAUCUACCCCACAGACAGCAGGGGGCAGUUCUGCGGACAAGCUGGAACAUCUUUGGAGAAGAAGCCUCUUCUAUUCUACUUCAACAUCCUGAAAUGUGCCAGUCCUCUGGUGCUACUGGAAUUCCAGUGUCCCACCACACAGUUAUGUGUGGAAAGCUGUCCUGACAGGCAUAUGACAUUGGUGAAAGCCAAGUUAGGUAACAAAGAAGACCAUGAAUACUACAAACAAUACUGCAAGGAAGGAGUGGAUUUUGCCAAACUGAGUCCUCCUGAGAUCCUGAGGGAUGCCUUGUGUCCAGCCAUGGUGAUGCCCAGUAAACCCUUCACACGUCGCUGCCUUCCUGCCUUGGGAACGUUGAAAGGCGGCGUGGUGGUGGUGGGCAAUGAGACCACAUUUGAUGCUGGACAGGGCGUCAAUAUCAAUGCCACAGAUGUGCUGGAGGCAUCCAAGAAGUCAAAUGUGGUUGUUGAAGCUCGCCAGGUGGCCAUGAGAAUCUUUGAGGAUUAUACUCAGUCUUGGCACUGGAUUUUACUUGGUCUGGUGAUCGCCAUGGUUGUCAGCUUGAUUUUCAUCAUCUUGCUGCGAUUCUUGGCUGGUGUCAUGGUCUGGGUCAUGAUUGUUUUGGUUAUUCUCGUCAUCGGAUAUGGGAUUUUCCACUGCUACAUGGAGUUUGCGAGUCUAAAGGGAGAGCCGGGCUCAGAUGUCACCAUCCGUGACCUGGGCCUGCAGACGGACUUCUCUGUUUACCUGCAAAUCAGACAGACCUGGCUGGCCUUCAUGAUCAUUCUGGCUAUAGUGGAAGUCAUCAUUAUCCUGCUACUCAUCUUCCUCAGGAAGAGAAUCCUGAUUGCCAUCGCCCUUAUCAAAGAAGCCAGCAGAGCCGUUGGGCACGUAAUGUCAUCACUGUUCUACCCACUGCUGACCUUUGCCCUCCUCGCCUUGGUGAUUGCUUACUGGGCUAUCACUGCUGUUUUCUUGUCCACAUCUAAUGAGCAGGUGUACAAGGUGUUCAACACUUCUGAGUGUGAGUACUCACGACAGACCUGCGACCCCAAGACAUUCAACAGCUCAAACAUUUCGGCUCAGUGUCCUGAUGCAGAGUGCUUGUUUGCUUUCUAUGGUGGGGAGACACUCUACCACAAAUACCUCAUCCUGUUCCAGUUCUACAAUGUCUUCCUCUUCUUCUGGUGUGCAAACUUUGUGACAGCCCUGGGCCAGGUCACUCUGUCAGGAGCAUUUGCCUCGUAUUACUGGGCCUUCAAGAAGCCUGAAGAUAUUCCUGCCUAUCCCAUCUUUGCCUCUUUGGGACGGGCCCUCCGAUACCACACAGGCUCUCUGGCUUUUGGCUCUCUGAUCCUGUCUUUGGUUCAGGUCAUCAGGGUCAUCCUUGAGUACUUGGAUCACAAGCUGAAAGGUGCUCAGAACAAGUUUGCUAAGUUCCUGCUGAGCUGCAUGAAGUGUUGCUUCUGGUGUCUGGAGAAAUGUAUCAAGUUCCUUAACAGAAAUGCCUACAUCAUGAUUGCCAUCUAUGGAAAAAGUUUCUGUCCCUCAGCUCGAGAUGCCUUUUUCCUUCUCAUGAGGAACAUUAUCAGGGUGGCUGUUUUAGAUAAAGUGACUGACUUCCUGUUGUUUCUUGGGAAGCUCCUUAUCGUUGGAAUUGUUGGGAUCUUUUCCUUCUUCUUCUUCUCUGGAAGAAUCAAAGCGGUAGAGGAGGCGGCUCCAUCUUUGAACUACUACUGGGUGCCAAUACUGACGGUGGUAGUGGGAUCCUACCUUAUCGCCCAUGGCUUCUUCAGCGUGUACGCCAUGUGUGUGGACACACUCUUCCUAUGCUUCUGCGAGGACUUGGAAAGAAAUGAUGGCUCAUCUGAAAGGCCUUACUUCAUGUCCCCUGAGCUGCAUGACAUCCUUUCCAAAACAAAAAGGCUUGAGGAAGGUGGCGAUGGUGUUGAGCAGGUAGACACUACCAAUCAGGUUGAUGAGGUGAAGCCUGAGGAGGAGACUCCUCUUCAGCAGCAAGAAGACGGAGAGAUCCAGCUGAAACAGCAGAUGGUGGUCAGGCAGAACAACGAGGAGGAGCAGCCUCUGCAGUCCAAGGCGGAUGCUGAAGAGCCAAAAGAGGAGAAAAGUGAAGAGCAAAAUGCCAGUGAGACAGAGGAGGCGGUAAAGAAAGAAGAAGAAGGAGAAGUGAAAGUUGCUGCAGAGGAGCAGGAGUUGAAACGGGUGGAAAAGGCUGAGGAGGUGUCAUCUCCGGCUGUGGAGGCUGAGAAGGAGGAGGAUGGUGAAAAGAAAGAGGAAAAAGAAGAACUUCAGGAAGAAAAGGAUCCAUCUGCACCACAGGAGUAGAUGUUGACAGUAAUGUAAGGGCAAAAAACAUGAGGCUUGGUAAACCUCGUAGAGAAUGAAAGAACUGUGCUACAACUUUGUGAUAUGGACGUGUUAAAUGUGCGACAUGCAACAAGCUAAAAUUUCAGAUCGCUUGUAUGUGAGAGGCGUCUAGCUGGAGAAGGUUGCGGUCGAUUUGUGAAGAUUGAAGCAGGUCAAAAGCCCAGUGCAUCUCUGUAGCUUGAAAAAAUAGCUCUCUUGUCUUGGUUUUAGAACAGUGUUGGUUUGUACAUUGUGAAGAUCUGUAGAACAUUGUGAGUGCUGAACCUGUGCCUGAUUACUGUCACUAAUAGUUAUUGUCUUAAUCCUGGUAUGCACUACAGAACCACUAAGCACCGUGUUUACAGUCAGAGCGAUCACAUCUCAAUCGAUGGUGAAUCUCCUUCACGGUUUACAAUAAUACCAGCUGACGCCAAAAUGUUACAGACAUAUUUGAUAUACUGUAUGAAUACUGGAUCUUUCCUAUGAACUUGUAUAUAUACACAGCAGUGUAUGUUUGUCAUGUAUUUUUUGGCUUCCGUCUUGUAAAGAUCCACGCCAAGAUGGGAUCCCAUGUAUUGUAUUGCCACCUACUUGCCUUGGUAUUUCGGACUGGCUUUGUGUCAUGUCAUGACGCAGCCACGGUGACCUCUUUUCAAGACCCCAACAGUUGUUUACUGAUCCCACCUGCCUCGCUCUGUCCCUAUCCCCCCUCUCUCUCUCUCUCUCUCUUUUUCUCUCUCUCUUUCUCUCUCUAAGUGCUGCAUGGUGUUGACAUGGCCUUCUGAAUGCUUGCAACUAACAUCUUAAGUCUCUGGAUGCUUUUGUACCUCUUUUUCAUGUUUGUCACCUUGUGAAAGAUGUAAGUUGUUUUUCCACUAAAGUUACUGAUGACAUUCCUUAUUUACUGGAUGUAAAUCUCGAUUAAAGGUGAUUGUAUUUAAUCCUAGUAGUUCUGUUAUGGGUAUACACAUUUUAAGGUGUUAUGGUGCAUGGAAGAAGGUGAGUUUUUAUGUAAAAAAAAACAAAAAAAAAACAGCGAGAACUUUGAUUUUGUCUUAAAGGUGCACUCCAACAAUUUUAUUGUCAUUUUACUUGCAUCUCAGAGUGCUAUUCAGCUUGUAAGGCAAUUACUGUAUUGUUUUCUAAGGUUCUGUUGACAUAAUUUGAUUAAUCCUAUGUUGGGUUAAGGAAUAUAAAUUUUUCAUGUAAUGCCUGUGUUACACACUAGUGGUCCUGGAAUUUAAAAGGUGUUGACUUUUGCUAAGGAAUAUAUCACAUUAUGGGAAGUGUAGUAUUGUAUGUUUUUGUACCUUGGCCUACAUUAAAAAUAAAAUCUAAAAUCAUCUGCUGCAUUGAUUUGGAGCAGCAGCCUGUCAGACUGGUGACCAAUUAAAGUCAAACACUGUCUGCUUACUCCAGGACCCUGUGACAUCACUGAUGGGUCUAGUAAAACAAAGCAAACUUCUGACCACAGCCAAUAUAUGAAGUGCAAUAUGAAAUUGCUGGAGUGCCCAGUGUGAUUCUGGAUCAGCUGAAAGUCAAACUGAUAUGUAAUAAUGUUUAUAUAUUAUAAUACAUAUAAUAAAUGAAUCCCAGAACAGUUCAUUUGCUGCUCAGUGUUAGCUUGAUUUUGGAAAAAUGUUGUCCUCAACUGCUU